UUUGGACUUUGCGCACGUCUCUAGCCCAAGAUAAAAUGCUCGAAUAAUGCCCAUAUAAUCUCCCCCCACCUCAUCCAUCACUCUACCUCCCCACCUUCGGAGUUCCCUCUCUCUAAGCUUCUUCGUUCCCCAUGGCUCAGAAGGUGAUACUGAAGGUGUUGACGAUGGCCGAUGACAAAACAAAGCAAAAGGCCAUUGAAGCCGCUGCCGAUAUCUUCGGGGUGGACUCGAUAGCGGCUGAUCUGACGGACCAGAAGCUGACUGUGAUAGGGCAGAUGGACACGGUAGCGGUGGUGAAGAAGCUGAAGAAGGUGGGGAAGGUGGACCUCAUAUCGGUAGGACCAGCUGUGGAGGAGAAGAAGGAGGAGAAAAAGGAGGAGAAGAAAGAGGACAAGAAGGAAGAGCCCCCCAAAGUGGAGAAUAAAGCAGAGCAAAAAGUUGUGGAGAAUAAGUGAAAAUGAAAAGAGUGAUCCUCAUUUGGUCAAUUGCAUAUCACAAUAUAUUUUUGCUUUCUCUCUUUUGUUUUCUUCUUAUGAUAUGCUCAUGCAAGAUAAGAAUUUCAGAUCAUAGUGAGGUCCUCGUUGCUACUACAACUUAAAUGGAAGUUAGAUGAAUGACAUGUAUUAAAUUAAGGUAUUGAAUAACUUACUUCUACUAUUGUUCGAACUUAAA